AUGAAAGGGAUCUACUUCCCUAAUGGAGAUUUUCGUAAUGCAGCAAAAGGGAGAAAUGCUUCGCGGGUAUGGAUGAGCCUGCUGCAAGGUAGAAAUCACAUUAGUGAGAACAGUCAGUGGAUGGUGAGUAAUGAUCAGAAUAUCAAUAUUAUAAAGGACAGGUGGCUGAGCUCAGGGGAAAAACUAACUGACAUCCAAGUCUUAGGUGACACAAAAGUGGCCUCUUUCAUGGAUCAAACCACAAAAUCGUGGAAGAUGGAGCAAGUUAACACCACCCUGCCACAGAACAAAGCUCUAAAAGUCCUACAAACUCCCAUUAGCUGGUCCUCCGAGAAGGACUACUUGAUCUGGCCAUUAACAAAAGAUGGGGAAUAUUCUGUGAAAUCAGGAUACAAGCAGGCCCAUGCCAUGGCUAGAGCCUCUCAGCAUCCCCCCUCCUCCUCUGCACAUAUUCAAUCCAAAACCUGGCACCUCCUGUGUCAAGACCCCCUUUGUCCAGUGUGCCAAGUGGAAGAGGAAACUACAAUCCACACCUUCUUGGAGUGCAGCUGGGCCAGAGCCGUUUGGUUUGGUUCUCCGCUUCACCUUGCCCCUGCGAUCCAAGCUAAUAUUUCCUUCUCUGAGUGGCUCCAAGAUCUCUUCCUCCGCCUUGAUCAGGAUCCAGACCCUUCCCAUGCCACCAUGCAAAUUUCACUGGUAGAGCAAAUUCUUUGGCACAUAUGGAAGACUAGAAAUAACGCUUGUUUUCAUAACAAAAAGCCAGACCCUGCGUGGACAAUUGGUGAGGCCUUGCGUGCCCUUGGAGAAGAUGUGAAGGAGUGUCUCCCCCCUGCUCUGAGUACCUCACAGGAACAGCCAAGAGAGCCAGCGCGUGGAAGGAACCAGAUCCCUAAACGCUGGUGCAGACCUCCCCCAAACUUUGUGAAAUGCAAUGUAGAUGCUGCCUUCCCCAAGUCCAUAGCACAAGGAGCUACUGGAAUUAUUGUUAGGGACGGUGGUGGCCUUCUUAUCACUGGCAGGGCCAGUAGAAUCCAUACUACCUCCCCUCUGGUAGUGGAAGCUUUGGCCUUCCGAGAAGCUAUCUCCUUUAUGGCUAACACAGGGUAUCCCAAAGUGGUCAUAGAAUCAGACUGCUCAGAGCUGGUCAAGGCCUGCAAAGGGGAAAUUAAAGUAGGCACCAUCAAAGGCAUCGUGGAAGACAUAAUAGAGAUAAGACAAAGGUUCCAGUAUUGUGCCUUUACCUGGACUCCAAGAGAAGGUAAUCUUGUAGCCCAUCUGGCUGCAAAGAGCUGCUUGGAAGGCAACCUUGGACGGAAUUGGUCCUGGUGCCCUCCCAUGGUGAUCUUCAACGCUCUACAGAAGGACAUGGCGCACAUCUAG